AUGGGUCGCUAUACACCAGAUCCCAAAGUCUUUGGCAUUCCAUUAUUGGAAGAGUAUGUCAAAACUACUCCCGAAUACGAAAUGAUGCGUCCUCAUACCAAGCACGUCGUCGUGCAGUAUGCAACCGCAGCCUUUAUGCUCGGCGAACGAGUCGCUGAAUCGGUCCCUUCGCGGGUCAUUUAUGUGGAAACGAAAGAGGGCCCUGCACCGUGUGUUGUCUUAGCAUCAGAUAAAGAGCACGCGGCCAGUUUUAGCACGGAAGAGGGAAGAGAGAAGUUGAAGAAAGUGUAUGAGAUCAUACGCCUAGAACAGCCUCCGGCAUGGUACAGAUGCUCUUGA